AUGGAGCGCAGCUACGAUAAGAAACAUUCUAAACAUCACAAGGACAAGCACAAGAAACGAGGUCACAAGAAACACAGGAGCUCAAGCGGUACCAAUGAACAGUCAUAUGCCACAGUCAAUUCAGUUAAACCUCUGGUAGAAUAUUCUGACGUGAGUUCCGAGGAUCUGUCGGCCCCGGAAGCCGGCGAGAUCGAUAGCGAAACCAGCUCUAUUAGCCGGCACAUCGCAGAUGAUCUUGAUCGAACGAGAAAGUCCCGUCCCAUACGCACUUUUCUCGACAACAAGACGAUAUCUGUAACGUCUGAACGAGGAAUCAAUGACUACAUUCUUAAACGAGAUUCUUCGUCUACAGCAUCGAGGAAACGUCACGCACACGAGUAUGAACCUGAGAAUUACGACGACCUCUCAAGGUUCAAAAAGAAAAAGGAUAAACGUAAGAAGGAGAAAAAGAAAAGGAAGAAGAAGUCCAAACAUCGGUCAAGGUCUGCAAGCUUAGAAAGCGUAUCGCCGGAUGAUAACGUGCCAGAGGUGAUUCCGGCGAGGCCAGCAACUCCGCAGCGGUAUACGCGCGUGCCUAUAAGCGAAUGGGAAAAGCCCUCUUCUCCUUUAAGAAAUGGCUCCUGUUCUCCUGUGUCGCCUACGACGCCACCGCUUCUGCGCCACGAACCGUCGCCAAGGCAUCGCAUAACGCAUUCUCUUCAUCAUAAUAUAAUUUCCUACUCACCUCGAGAAAACAGAUCUCCUGUUAGGCGACGUCAGAAAUCCACGACGCCACACACACCGGUGGCACCGCCUUAUCAAGAGCCAGUGACCAUAGACUCUGACACUGAGCAGGACUAUGACCGGGGACGUCGAGAAUAUUGGCACGAGCAGCGAAUACCACAGUCGCCCAUUAUGGUCUCUGACUCUCCGGUGCGCGAGUGUCGGUCCCGCGAGUACAGUCCGCGCCGCCACCGCCGCCGCACGCCGCGCCGCCGCCACCGCAGCCGCGAGCGACAUCACGUCCGGACCAUACACAGAUCACACAGUCGCAGUUCGUUGAAGCGGCGCCGCUCGGUGUCUCGCGGUCGGCGGCGGGACGACACCGCCUCCCCGCCGCGACACCGCGCCCGACACCGGGACCCCUCGCGGGACAGACACCGUACCAGGCACGACUCGCCCAGUCCACCUGCGACUUUACAGAGGAGAAUAGACUUUAAGGAAAAGAUCAGCGAUACCAGUUUAUUUGCUGAAUUAGUUAAGGACAAGCACAAGAGAGCAAAGAAGUUACAAGAAAUAUUGAACCAAAAGGAGGAAGAGUCUCAAGGUGCAGCGUCAACGGUCACGUCAAAUAACCAGGACGUGGUUACCAUCGACGAGCUAUCCAACAAUACCUCUGACAGUCUGUUAAAACCGACGUUGAAAGAAAAUGGUGAGGUACCAAAAGAAGUUACGGAAGUGGUCGUCAGUGACGUCCCCGGGAUGCUUCAAGGCAUCCCCCCGCCGCCGCCCGCCGCUUCACCCCCCGCACUCCCUUCGCCGCCACCCGCCGCCAACGGAGAACAAACGCUCGUUGAUCAGAAGAUACCCCUUCCUGCGCCGGUGCCGCCCCCGAAGACGAGCAGCGUGGUAGAGGGAGUGUUCCUAAACAAUCAACAACCGGCGCCUAAACAUAAGAGCCUCACCAAGCUGCCCAUGCCGCCAAACACACAGGUUGAAGACUUAAAAACGUUGGUGAACGAAAGUCCAUUAAGUACGCCUUCACCUAGCCCUGUGAAAAAGCCAGAAAAACCCAAGAGAACUGGCAUUAUGAAUUUGCCUAUGCCACCUGUGAUAACUAGUGCUACAGACGAACUGAGUGGAGACGAGCUGGACGGGUCCACACCGCCGCCUGCCUCGCGACACGAACAAUACUCGCAUGUCUUUAGUUCAAAGAAAAGCAAUAAAGAUUCGAGUUCGAAACUCAAGAGGCCAAAAAUAUUAAAGCGAAGAGGUUCCAAGAUUGUUCCUGUGGCGACGCCCACGCACCACGCCAAAGACUGGGGGGAAAAAUGCGUUGAUGGCUUCCAGGUGCUGACACAAAUUGGAGAAGGAACAUAUGGACAAGUUUACAAAGCCAAAGAUAAGAACACAGGUCAGUUGGUAGCUUUGAAGAAAGUUCGCCUCGAAAACGAAAAGGAGGGCUUCCCGAUCACGGCUGUGAGAGAAAUCAAGAUUUUAAGGCAAUUGAAUCACAAGAACAUUGUCAAUUUACGAGAAAUUGUGACUGACAAACAGGAUGCUAUGGACUUCAGGAAGGAUAAAGGCUCAUUCUACUUAGUCUUUGAAUACAUGGACCACGAUCUUAUGGGUCUCCUCGAGUCAAAAAUGGUGGAUUUCACAGAGUCUCACAAUGCAUCUAUAAUGAGACAAUUACUGGAUGGAUUAGCGUACUGUCAUCGGAAGAAUUUCUUACAUAGAGAUAUUAAAUGCAGUAAUAUACUCAUGAAUAACAGAGGCGAAGUGAAGCUGGGCGACUUUGGUUUGGCUCGACUGUGGCAGGCGGAGGACAGAGAGAGACCCUACACUAACAAGGUGAUAACUUUGUGGUAUCGACCACCGGAACUGUUGCUCGGGGAGGAGCGGUAUGGACCUGCAGUAGACGUCUGGUCUAUGGGCUGUAUCCUUGGAGAACUGUUCCUCAAACAUCCGCUCUUCCAGGCGAGUGUAGAGAUGAUGCAGUUGGAAAUGAUAUCCCGGACGUGUGGUACUCCUGUACCGGGAGUGUGGCCUAACGUGGUUAAUCUCCCACUGUGGCACACUCUUAGACCCAAACGGUUCCACAAGCGAUGUGUUCGGGAACAAUUCGCUUUCAUGCCCACUCCAGCACUCAACCUGCUCGACAGGAUGCUGGAAUUGGAUCCGGAAAAAAGGAUCACCGCAGAAGAGUCAUUGAAGAGUCCUUGGCUUAAGAAUAUUGUGCCAGAUCAAAUGCCUCCGCCGGAGCUACCCACGUGGCAGGACUGUCACGAGCUGUGGUCGAAACAGCGGCGCAGGCAACAGAGGGAAGAACAACAAGGAAAGAAGCCUUACUUCUCGGAAGACAGCAAGUCCAAUGAUCAGACAGAUUUCAAAACAGACGGGUUCAAACCGUCUGAGCCUCCGCCCGAUGUUGUUGGACAAGUGAAAUAGUACUCGGACACAGUGAUCGGAAGUUAUUUCGUUCACGGAUUCUUCUGCGACAUUGCUAGUGAAGUGAAGUUUGGUGCUUUAAGUGAAAUGCGGACGUGUUUAACGACUGUUCGGUAGUUGAGCUUCGGACGAGAGGUGAGGAGCAAUGGCUGUGGCCGCGCACUCGAGUGGCAUUCAAGGAAUAAUAGGGUUACUUGACGCGCAUCCGUAGUCUUAACACGAGAUCUCCGACUUUUCUUUAUAGUGUUUUAAAUAAUGUUAACCACUUUCAAUGACUGUCUGUGUUUAUGGAUAUUACCUGAAUAUUUAUUUGAGUUUAAAAUGUUAUGAAUCCAUGCAUUCCAAGAUUGCGUUUGUUAAUGUGACUUCAUAUAUAAAAUAUUCAUCACAAUUGUGUUGUUAUUUGAUGAUAAAAUGUUAGGGGCCAUUCUAUGCUCGAGGAAGAUUUAAAUUGAGCAAUAUUACCAUUAUGUUUUCUUAAGCGAUUAUUAGCGGCGUGAUCGUCGUUCUAAAUGUAAAUACCACGAUGUUAUCAGCCUGAGUGAACUGCGUGCCUUUUUAAUGUUAGUAAAGAAAGCGUCUUGUUUCCUAACCCUAUUGUUCUAAAUAAUUUUAGUGAUGAAUAUUUAGAUAAUUAAUCAAUUGGCCUCAAAUGUGUACGCGUGUAUGUUUUUAAUAAUUUAUGAAAGCGUACCAAAUUAAUAUAAUUUUUUUAAUUUAAUAUAAUAAAAACCAAAGUAUUGCAUUAUGCAUUUUAUCUCGGGAGCCGUUUCUGAGAACUUUUGACACAACACUAAUAAGAACACGUUGACUACUUUUUAUUUAACUGAUCAUGAAAUCAAAAUUCUCUACAUCUCAGCCCAGGUCAGUCUCAAAUUUUAGUCUGUAAUUUUUAACAAAGAGAAGGAAUUCGAUCCGGGCAUAUUUUUUAAUGAUUAUGUGUGUGAUUGAAUGAAGUAAAGAUCAUUUUGAAAUGUAAGGGACAAAGGGGAAGCAUUAAAAACUUUAAAAAACAAUAUUUGUUAAAAAUACUAUUAAAUUAUAUGAAUGAGAAUCAUUUGGAUUCGGAUUUUGUGAAUUUAUAAAAAAAUACAUUUAAUAUCACAAUUUAACAAUCUCGAAAUAUUAAAAUUUGGCUUAUCUCUAAAUAACUUUAAUGUUUUUAAUUUGUAAAGUGCAAUAUUUUUUGUCUACGGUUAUGACAUUCCGUUUCCGUACAAGAAGGCCAAAGAGAUUUAUUUGCACUUGAUUUAGUUCUGUAUGUUUCUUAGCUCAAUUAGUAUUAUUUUAAUCUCAGCCUUGCAUUUUAAAUUCUCAGUGAAAACUAUUCAAGCAUCGUUUUUUUGUGCGAUCACUAGAUGAUAUCUUUGUAUCCUAUUAGUUAUAGUUAAUGAAAUGUAUCAUAUACUUGAUGUCCAUUAGUUUUAUUUGUAUAUUUAAAAUAGAUAAUGUAUGUGUGUCGUUCGUAAGAUUGUCAGGGUAAAAGACAUUUUGGCGUUAGCCGGUUAAGAGAAAUGUUAGGUUUUUCAUAAUAGAAAUUCUAUUCUUAUGGGAAAGAUUAUGUACUGUGCUGUAAUUUUAGUUUUUAAUCGAAUUUUGUUAGGUCGUGAAUACAACAGGUUGUGUUCGACAAGCGGUAAAGGUUAAUUUAACUCUGUGCCAAAAUUAUGCUGAAGUUCUACUUACAGCUUCUGUCAAAAGUUCUAGUGGCGGCGCCCGCGCUCGUCGAGCGAAAUGAACUGUAAAACUCAUGUGCAUAAAUAUUUUGUAGUUAAUUGUAAAUAUUAUAAUAAAGAAUAAUGUAUGUAUGUAAUCUAGUUUAAUUUCUCUGAAUAAGAACAAUGUUUAUUUUUCAUUUGCUGAACAUUUUUGUUUAAUGUAAAUUUCUUGUACAGUAUGCAGUCAAAUAUAAUAGUUAAAUGGUUAAUAACUUGUAAAUAAUAGGAGACCUGAUGUUAGUGCUGUAAGUUUUUUACUCUAUAUCAGUAUGGUAAAUAAAUCGUUUAUUGAUA